UUGUUGCACAUAGCUCGUCAUAUCUCGCUCCACUCCCCUCAGCAGUACUGGAUCCACGCACUAUUUGUUCAUGAGAGUUCUACCUUCUCAUUGGCUGUUGUGGGGUCCUUUGGCGGCUGUCGUUUCUCUUGCAUCAUCAGGCACACAUGCCUUUUCCAUUUCACAUGACAGUAGCGUCGGAACUGCCACGAGCCACGGGACGCAUCCUCCGUACAGUAUCGACCGUGCUCUGCAAACCCGUCCCCAUCUCUUCCUCGACACUACUCAGCUCAGCGCACUGCCACUGGAAAGCAGAGGCCUGGAGGAGCCCACCUUUUACGAAAGCAAGAACGAGGCAAAGUCAAGGCGUGGUAAGGAGACCAAGGACAGCGGCAAAGGCAAAGCUCCCAUCGAUCGCGAGGGCAAGAGGGCGGCUCGUCUUGAGCGCAAGCGCAAAGGGUACGACGCUGACAGCGAGGCUUCUGGAGAUACCUCGGUUUCGUCCCCCGUCUCACCGCAGCUUGGUCAGAUGGCUCGCUACUACUUCGGCGGCAGCGGAACAGCUCCCCUCAGCAGUCCAAGCAAGAUUGUGCAGCACGCGGAUGGUCACAAAGCCCGGAAACUACAUCGUGAAGAGGGCUACACCGCUGACGCAGAAUCGAAGUACAGUGAUGGUGACUCGCCAUCCAGUCCUAUCAGUCGCAAGAAGAAGGACAAAUGGAUGAAUGACUUUGCACACGCGCCUCAUAGACCCAGCAAGACUCUCAGGUUAGGCAGUAAGCUCGCGCGACCUUUGUCACCUUCGUGGCGAGAGAUUGGACAACCGUUUGGAUAG